UCGUGUUCAAACCGAAAGCUUCCGAAAUGUGCCGAACCUCAUCCUUGUCUCCCCCGCCCCCUGUGUGCAGUCAGACAGGAACAAUAUGGCUGCGGCGGCGGAGUUGGCUUCUGAGCUCGUCGUAGCCUGAAAGCAGGCGAGCGGACAGGAUGAGCCUAUGUUCCCAGUAUUUACGACAGGCAGAGGCCCUGAAGGCUGACAUGACAGACUCCAAGCUGGUAGCAGCUGAGGCGUGGACGUCCCGUCAGGCCCUUCAGGACCUGUACCAGAAGAUGCUGGUCACAGACUUGGAGUACGCCUUGGACAAGAAGGUGGAGCAGGAUCUGUGGAACCACGCCUUUAAGAAUCAGAUCACCACCUUGCAAAGCCAGGCCAAAAACCGAGCCAAUCCCAACCGCAGUGAGGUGCAGGCCAACCUGUCAUUGUUCCUGGAGGCAGCCAGCGGCUUCUACACUCAAUUGUUACAGGAGCUGUGCACAGUCUUCAAUGUGGAUCUGCCGUGUCGCGUCAAGACAUCCCAGCUGGGCAUUAUCAGCAACAGACAGAACAACGGCGGUGCCAUUGUCACUCCGCAGCCCAGCUCAUGCUCGUACAUCUGCCAGCAUUGCUUGGUGCACCUGGGCGACAUCGCACGCUACCGCAACCAGACCAGCCAGGCCGAGUCGUAUUACCGACACGCCGCUCAGCUGGUCCCAUCCAACGGUCAGCCGUACAACCAGCUGGCCAUUCUGGCAUCCUCCAAAGGAGACCACCUGACCACCAUCUUCUACUACUGCCGCAGUAUUGCUGUCAAGUUCCCCUUCCCAGCAGCCUCCACUAACCUGCAAAAGGCACUGUCCAAGGCUCUGGAAAGCCGCGAGGAUGUGCGAAGCAAGUGGAGUGUGUCUGACUUCAUUAAGGCCUUCAUCAAGUUUCACGGCCACGUGUACCUGGGUAAGAGUGUGGACCAGCUGGAUGCUCUGAGGGAGCGCUUGGAGGAUAAUUUCCAGAGACUGAUCCUCCAGAAGGCCUUCAGCUCUCAGCAGCUGGUCCACAUGACCGUCAUCAACCUUUUUGAGCUGCACCACCUCAGAGAGCUGGCGGCUGAUGGAGCAGAGCAGCAGGUCAGCUGGUUCCAGCUGCUCGGUCUCUUCAUGUCCUUGCUGGGGAUCAUGUGCAGGCGGGUUUUGCUCAACAAGAACUGCGAUGAGGAGGUGGCUGGAGAGUGUCCUCUGCCGGCCAUCAAAAUUUCUUUGGACUGGCUCAGGCUGAGACCCGGCAUGUUCCAUGAGGCCGCUGUGGGCGAGAGGCAGCAUGUCUGGCCGUGGCUGGUCUCUAUCCUCAACAGCUUCCAGCCCAAAGACCACCAUGUGUCCAACUCCUCAGUGACACCACUGCCGGAAGAGUUUGAGCUUCAAGGCUUCCUGGCCCUCCGACCUGCUCUCAGGUCUCUGGACUUCACCAAAGGUCACCAGGGUGUCCCGGUGGACCGCAAUGUUCUGCUCCUCCGCACCAGACAUCAGAGACUCAUCACUUUGGGAAAGUGGGUAGCUGACAACCAGCCGGGACUCAUACGGUGCCGCGUUGGCGAUGACGGCCUCCUCUUCUUCAUCACUGACAUUCCCGAGCAGGCCAUUGAGGAGCCUGCAGAGAAGGAGCCGUUUGUGCUGCAGGAGGCCUCCAAUGGCGAGCAGGUUAUCGGCGAGGGUGGUAACACCGGCCUCAAGUCCGUGCUCUCAGCGGGAAAGGCUCAGAACUCGUGGUUGGAUGGUGGUGAAAGACCUGUCGUCACCUUCAAGGAAAACAUCAAACCACGGGAGCAGAACCGCGAGCCAGCUCGCAUCCCUCAUCAGAAAGAUAGUGGUAAGGAGCGCCGUGACUUUGCCAAAGGCAACGGGACUUCUGGGAAAAGUGAGCUGAAGAGAGAUGGAAAGAGGAAGUGCGAACUGAAGAAAGUCUGCCAGGAGAAAGUUGCAGAUGCUGGAAAACAGGUGAAAGCUCAGACAGAACUUCGGAAGACUCCGGUCUCUGAGGCCAAGAAGGCCCCCGCUACUCCAACUCAAGGCACCUGCUCUUCCCAGUUCAUUCCAAUCCAUCAUCCUGGAGCCUUUCCACCUCUGCCUAGUCGACCUGGCUUCCCUGCCUCUGCCUUUGUCAUCCCUCCCCCGGUGGCGUUCCCAGGCUUGCAAGUGAAUCCGGGCUUCACCUUCUCUACAGGGGUGUCCGUGCCUGGACCUUUCCUACAGACUGCUGUGCACACACAGGCGGGAUCCCAGGUUCAGAGUGGGAAGCAAUCCCAUAUCCCUUACAGUCAGCAGAGGCCCUCAGGUCCGGCUCAGGGGCCAGGCUCCUCAGGCCAGGGCCCUGUAACCCCAGGCCCCCUCCAAGGUCAGCAGCCCCCAUCCCAGCUGCAGGUGCAGGUGGUGAGUCAGCAGCAGUCUCCCACCAAACCCGUUCAGCAGGUCGGGAUGGGCAAGAGUCCACCCCACCACUCGGGCCUGCAGCAGUCGUUCCUACAGCUCCAGGAUCAGCAGAUGUGGAGUCAAAAUCAAGCGGCGCUGCAGAAGAUCCCAGCCAUGCCGAUGUCAUUGAAGCAGCAGGCAUUCUACUUGGCACCCCAAGACCCCGUCAAAGUGUACGACCACCAGUUGCCGCCGCAUACAGCCAACAUGGACAAGAAGAUGAAGUUCCCGCCCUACUGGGGGCCUUCCUUCCGAGUGGGCGACGGGCCAGCUGCCAUGGUCGACAGGAUGAAGAGGCCUCAGAUUGCGUGUCCAGAACAAGAUGCCGGUGGGCCCAGAGGACCUCCAUUUGAGGACAAGAGCUCACCUCUUCUACCUCCUGACCUCUUAAAAACGCUUGCUGAUUUUGAGGAAGAGGAGGAGCUCAUCUUUUCUAAGCCUCCUGAUUUCUUCCAGGCUUUGGCUGGCCCUCUUAGCACACUUCCUGGACCAAAUAUCUUUCUACCUAACCAGACCAGGACGGAGAGCGGCCCAGAGGUGGUCAGCCAUUCGUCUUCCCUGCUACCCAUGUCUGGCCUCCCCUUGCAGGAAUACAACCAGAACAGCAUCUUCAGUCAAGCCUACGGGAAGAACUUAGCUGCCGGCUCCAAGUCUGACACUCCCAUGAUGCACCAGGAGCCGUCACUCUACUCGCUCUUCGAGUGGACACCCUGGUCCCCAUCCCUCCACGCCAAUUCAGAUCACUCCACGCCGGCCAGCCAGUCACCUCACUCAUCCAACCCCAGCAGUUUGCCGAGCUCCCCACCCAACCACAACCACGCAGCCACACCGUUUUCCAACUUCGGUCCCAUCGGUACACCAGACAGCCGAGAGCGGCGCACAGUGGACCGCUGGAAGGCUGAAAAGACAGGGGGCAUGAGCGGCUUCGGUCUGGACUACCUGCCAGCUUCCUCCUCUUCGGACACAGGCUGGCACCAAGUCCCGUCCCCUGGCAGCUCCUGGACCAAUCAGGAGUCUCCAAUGGAAGAGUCGUCCUCCACAGUGCUGCUGGACAGCUUCAAGUCCAUCUGGUCCAGCUCCAUGAUGCAGCCCGGCCCAUCUGCGCUGGAGCAGCUGCUCCUGCAGCAGAAGCAGAAGCAGCAGCGAGGUCACGGUGCCAUGAACCCGCCUCACUGAGGGGCCAGCGAGGCAGCGCUCAGCGCUUGGAGACCAACCCCUCAACACGAGUUUGAUGAAGACCAGCUCCAAUUAACACGCUAAUCAUAGCGGUGCAACGAGGUGGAUGCUGGGGAGGCCAUGACCCCCCUCCCCCAGCCGACCUGGCUGAAACUCCACCCCCACGCUCCCUCGACUGUCGAGGAGUGGGACGAGCCUCCUGGAUCGCAGGAUGUCAGAUCACAGCCUGAGAUCCCCCAACACACAGACACACACACACACACUGGUGGCACCGCCCCCAUCUUUCUUCAUCCUGGACGUCCCCUCAGUUUGUUUUAGCAUCUUUGCUGCCACAGGCUGAAGAAGUACGAGGGAGAGCGAGGACCCUGUGGUGGUCAGGUGACCAGGGGGCCGGAAUGCCACACUGAACUUGUCAUUGCUAUUUUCUCGGUGGGGAGGAGGACAAACACGUGCGUUUUCGACAUGGUGGCCUAGAAGGAGGCGGAGCAAGAAGAAAAACACGUAGUUAGUCAUUUGUUUGUUAACGUCUUAGCUGAUGUAAUCCUGCUCGCUAGCUUAGCCCGCAUUAGCUUUUGUUGCUCUUCCGCCAUUUUACCUCAUGCUCUGACAGAGAGUUGUCUCGGUUGCCUUUUAAUGACGGGUCACUUUUUAAGCAAGUGAUAGCAGGACGGAGCAAAUAGCCUCCAGUCAAACCAAGAGAUCAACUUUAUUCUGAAAGUAUUUGCCCAAUCAAUCAAUCAAUCAAUCAAUCAAUGCGUCCAUCAAAAGGCAGUGAGUGACCCCGCCCUCAUUGUGCAGCUUUUUCAUGCAUGAUGUCCACGGUCAGCUUGCUAAUGCUUUCCUGCUGUUCUUGCAGUGCAUUGGGAGGAAUGUGAGGAAGAUGAGCAUCUUGUUCUGUUUUUGUGUCGUUUCUGCAAAUAAACAUGAAAUCAUGUUCCCCUUUAA